AUGGAUCUCAGCCAGACGAAGAAGCCACACGCGCCACCAAAGCGCUUUGUGAGGAGCCAAAUCCCGGACUCAAUCCUCCACGACGCGGCUCUUAACGCCGCAGUAGCGCUGCUUCCCUCCAACUACAACUUCGAAGUCCACAAGUGCGUCUGGCGCGUCCGUUCCACCCAUGCCUCGCGCGUGGCCCUCCAACUCCCCGAGGGCCUCCUCAUGUAUUCUCUGGUGCUCUCUGACAUCCUCUCUACCUUCGGUGGUGCCUCCCAGUGCUUUGUUCUUGGUGACGCGACCUACGGAGCAUGCUGCAUAGACGACCUAGCCGCCAAAGCCCUUGAUGCUGACCUCCUCAUACACUUUGGCCACAGCUGCCUUGUCCCCCUCCACGUCACCACAAUCCCCUGCCUCUAUGUCUUCGUUGAAAUAUCCAUUGACGUCUCCCGAUUAAUCGAGACUGUCCAUCUCAGCAUCCAAAACCCUCACUCAAAAACCCUUGUCCUCGCCGGGACCAUCCAAUUCGCCUCUGCAAUCCGAGCCGCCAAACCCGAGCUCGAAGCCCGUGGUUUCAAGGUCCUCAACCCACAGUCAAAACCGUUGUCCGCCGGUGAGGUUUUGGGCUGUACAGCCCCCAAAAUCGCACACAAUAUACGCAGAAACAGGAACCAGGAGGAGGAGGAUAAGGAGAGCAUCGUGGUUUUUGUGGCUGACGGGCGGUUUCAUUUGGAAGCGAUUAUGAUAGCGAAUCCAGAGCUUAAGGCGUUUCGGUACGACCCGUAUUUGGGGAAGCUGUUUCUGGAGGAAUAUGAUCAAAAGGGAAUGAGGGAGUCGAGGAAGAGCGCAAUUUUGAAGGCAAAGGAGGCCUCAAAUUGGGGUGUGGUGUUGGGGACUUUAGGAAGGCAAGGCAAUCCCAGGAUUCUACAGAGGCUGGAGAAGAAGAUGAGGGAGAAAGGGUUUGCUUAUACAGUGGUUUUGAUGUCGGAGAUUAGUCCUCCGAGAAUUGCUCUGUUUGAGGAUUCAGUGGAUGCUUGGAUUCAGAUUGCUUGUCCCCGCUUGUCCAUUGAUUGGGGAGAUGCGUUUAAGAAGCCGCUGUUGAAUCCGUUUGAGGCUGACAUUGCUCUUGGUUUGAUUCCUGGUUGGUGGGACAAGACUAAAAAGAAUGAUGUGGGUUGCUGUGGUUGUGCUAAUGGAAAUGGGGCUGCGGCUGGGGAGGAAGAAGCUGUUGUUGGGGAUUAUCCCAUGGACUACUAUGCUUUGGAUGGUGGGGAGUGGAAUUCAUCUUAUGUCAACAAGCCUUCCCGCCCUCUUAGGAGGGAUUGUGCAUCGGCUACUGCUGCUAACAUUGAAUAG